AUGAGUGCGACAGAGAGUGAUCGGCAGGGCCCGCGCUUCACCGUGGUGCCUUGCUCGUGCUGCGACGCGGAGCGCGUCAUGGACUUCAUGACGAGGACCUUCUACCGGGAGGAGCCGGUGCUGCUGGCCGCGGGGCUGACGCGCAACCCGCCCAGGAUGCUGCUGGAGCACACGCGCGCCUCCUUCGACGAGGGCCUCUCGCUCAUGGCCGUGCUGCCCGACCACCAGGACAGGAUCUGCGGCGUGGCCAUCAACAGCAUCGUGACGCCCGAGGACGCCUGCAAGCUGCGCCAGGACGCCGAGGCCGCUGACUGCCCCGCCACGAAGCGCGUCCUGGAGCUCUGGACCAUGAUGCUGGAGCGGCCCGAGAUCUGGCGCGUGUCUGACGGCGACGUCCGCUGCAUGUUGGAGCUGCGCGAGCUGGCCACCUCCGAGGACAUGCGCGGCCGCGGCGUGGGGCUGCAGCUGGCGCUGGCCGCCCGGGAGGUGGCCGCCGACGUCGGCGCGCCCGCCUACAAGAUCGACUGCACGAGCCAGUACAGCGCGAACAUCGCACAGAAGCUCGGCAUGAAGAAGGUGUUCUCCGUGCCGUAUGCGUCGCACCUGGGCGAAGGCGGCAAGCCAAUCUUCACGCCGCCGUGUCCACACGUCGAGGCGGCCGUCUACACGCAGGAGCUGUCCAAAGACUGCCAGCACAAAUUCGGCGGCGAAUUUUGA